AGAAAAACGGAGAAACUUUUAGGAGAUUUUUAGUGGAGAAAUAGUAGAAGCAUAAGAAUUCUUAGAGAGCAUUAAAACGGUUGGUGUUAGAUUGUCCUUGGAUCGAGUUCGCGGAAGUACUAGCCCUGUUGAUCUUUCCGGUCUAAGUAACAUUGAAAUCACCACUUUGCGGAAACAGCUUCAUCAGGAAUCCGUAGGAAUGACAGGCCUGAUUCCCAAUCCUCCAUGGCCUCAUCUUCGCAGAGUGAUAAGCUUCCUUGUCCUUUCGCAACUUUUGAUGGCUGUCAAGGAGGUCCUGGUGGUUUGGGUUACUCCAGGAGUGGUUUAACAAGACAUCCGAAAGACCACCACUUUCCAACAGAGGAUGCCAGAUUGGUUUGCAUAGAAAGGAUUCAGACUAACGAGAGCUGUUCACAGCAUGGGAAAGCAAUCUGUUGGAGUUGGAAUCCUGGUUAUGCACCAAAUGCAUGACUACUCAUACAUGGAAAAUGGCCUGCAAAAACAAGUUGCAUUCUGCAGAUGUCGUUCCAGGGCCGUUCAAUGGAAUUGGUGCAGAUUUCCUGAUUCAUGGUGUUACGAAACCACGAAAUGCUUCGCCUGGUGCAGUGGAUAAUGCUGGUGCAGGUGUUUCAGUGAGUGAAGAGCUUGCAGGUGAUGAAGAGUUUGCAGGCCUUAAUGUGGAGAUACUAAAUAUGAUGCUGCAACGACAAAUACCUACGACUGUUAGUAUUCCUUCACACUGCAGGUUACAUUUUUCGCGUGCUCUCAAGUCUGCUUUAGAUUUUGUUCUAGCUAAUCCCAUGAACAUUGCGGCCUGGAUACGAUUGUUACUGCUGCCAAUUUGUACACUAAACCUGUAUGAACCUCAUAGUUCCAGUGAGGAACGCUCCGGUACGAGGAAGAAGUUGCAGACUGCUGCUAUAAACAAAGCUUUGUUGGUUUGGAGGGAACCUGCCGGCUGCAUCAGUUUGGUACAACAAUUGCUUGGCCUGAACAAAAGAGCUUCUACACAGCGUGCUCCUAGCAAAAAGAAGACGAAGCGACAUCUAGAAGCCUGUCGAAAAAAGCUGAGUUAUGGCCACUACACGGCAGCAAUUCGCAUUCUUUCUUCCAGUGGCGUUGCUCAACCUACCGCAGACACCUUGUUCGAACUCCAGCAGAAACAUCCAUAUGUUCCACCCCCUACUAUAUCCACUGAAGCUGUUUCAACACCUUCCCUGACUGUUGAUUCCAAGGCUGUACUUGCAGCCCUAAAGAGCUUCCCCAAGGGGACAUCUUGUGGCAGAGACGGUCUCCGUGCUCAGCACUUGUUGGACGCCAUGAGUGGAGCUGGUGCUGCGAUUUCUGAUGAGUUGUUGCUGUCGAUUACUGGCGUCGUGAACCUGUGGCUUGCAGGUAAAUGUCCUCCUUCCAUUGGUAUAUUUGUGGCCAGUGCUCCCUUAACCCCACUACUUAAACCUGGUGGUGGUUUGAGACCAAUUGCGGUAGGCACCAUCUGGCGUAGGCUGUGUUCUAAGUUAGCAUCUACUUCAGUUUGCAAAAACUUAAACAUCUAUCUUGGCAAUCACCAAUAUGGAGUUGGCAUCCCUUGCGGCGGAGAGAGUAUUCUAUACGCGGCGAAUAGAUUUCUUGAAAUGCAUGGAUCUGAUAACACCAAAUCUAUGUUAUUAAUAGAUUUUUCGAAUGCAUUCAACAUGGUUGAUCGAUCCACUAUUAUCCGUGAGGUAAGAACACACUGCCCUAUCAUCUCUCGUUGGGUUGAAUUCUGCUAUAUGCAACCCGCCAGACUAUAUUAUCAAGAGCACUUACUCUCCUCGACACAAGGGGUUCAGCAGGGCGACCUUCUUGGUCCCCUUCUUUUUGCUUUAGCUUUGCACCCUCUUAUCGAGAAGAUUGCAUCCACUUGUAUGUUGGAUUUCCAUGCCUGGUAUUUAGACGAUGGCACCAUCGCAGGUGACACUAUGGAAGUGUCUAAGGCAUUGAAGAUUCUCCAAGAGGACGGACCAGUCUACGGGUUACAUCUGAAUAUUUCGAAGACUGAAUUAUUUUGGCCCUCUUAUGACCCGAGAAGGGAUUCCGAUACUGCCUUUCCUGCGAAUAUUGGGUUGACAAAACCUCUCAGCUCAUUGACAAGAUUCAAGAGCUGCAGGAUCCUCAGUGUGAACUUUUGCUUUUGCGCAACUGUACUGGAGUUUCGAGGUUAUAUUUUUCCCUACGUACUACUUGCCCCCAUGCGAUUCAGAAUGUUGCCACGCGCUUUGAUGAUUAUCUUAUGCAGUAUAUUCGUUAUCUUAUAGUCGGGGAUGGGGC